AUAUAUAGCCCUAUUUUGUUUCACUCAUCUUCUUUAGGCUUCAUGUAAACCAUGAAAACACUUUGAUUGAGAGUAAUAAGGACCAAAAAAAAAGAGAGACACAACAACUUAAAGGAAAAAAAAAAAAACUAAUGACAAGCUCGUGGACAUGGAUCAUCUCUUCAGGAUUAGUGGGAGUCAUAUCACUGAUGCUCCGAUCAGUAUCAAACAUCUCCUUCAGCGGAGCUCGCUUCUUUCUCCCUACUUUAAACCCUCUUUUCAUCAUCAACGGCAUCAUCUUUGUCCUCGCAGCCACCGCUUCACUCUUCGGCAACGGUUCUGAUCGCUCUCCGGCCGCACAACAUCACCAUGAUAAUGAUAGCUAUCGUUAUGAACAGGAUCAAGAUCAUCAUGACCAAUACCGUGACCGUUCUUCUAAUGACUCAUCCAAAUCUUCGUUUGAUCAAUACAAUAAUAAGGUUCAAGAGAAAGAAAAGUUUCCGGUUAGGAGUGGAGGAGGAUCUUAUGGGGUUUCUUCUCCGGAGGUUCGUUUUCCUCCAACGGCGCCGGAGAAACCCGUCGGUAUCCGACGUAUGCGUCCACCUACUGCUCCUGUCAAGACUUUUUCUCAAGAUAACACAUCAGGUGACGAGACCAUGGAGGAGAUGUGGGAGAGAGUCAAAGCCGAGAAACAACCAUUGAAACCUAACACUACCUUGCAAGGCACAACAAUGCCAACAUCUUCAUGGCCGUCGCCGCCCUCACCGUCACCCUCACAAGUCAGAAGGCCUACCCCAUCACUAUCGUCGCUGGCACCAUCACAAGCGAUGACGCCUACUCCGUCUCUGUCGUCGCUAUCACCCUCACCGUCGCGAGCGGGGAGGCCUACUUCAUCUUUGUCCUCGCUAUUACCGUCACGGUCACCGUCGCGAGCGAGGAGGCCUACCCCGUCCCUGUCCUCGCUAUCGCCCUCACCGUCGCGAGCCAGGAGGCCAACUCCGUCUCUUUCAUCGCUAUCACCGUCAUCUUCACGAAUGAGGAGGCCUCCUUCAUCUCCGGGGAGGCCCGGAAAGAAGCUGAUGGAGAGGAUUCCAUCGUGGGUUAAGUUGAAAAAAGAGUUGUCAAUGGGAAGAGACGAGCUCAAUUCACGAGUGGAAGCUUUCAUUACAAAAUUCAAGGAUGAGAUGAAAUUGCAAAGGUCAGAGUCUAUAAGACGUUACAAGUCUUUCCGUGGUCGCAGCGAUGACAAGUAACAUUAAUUUUUAUAUUUCGACAUUUAACGGAGACUGCUUAGUCUUCAUUGUAUCAUAUGUAUGGUUAGAUGUAUGUUAUGGUAAGAUAUGUAAAUCUUGUGACCGAUUCCACAUAUUAUACUACUAUACA